AUGCUGGCCUGCCAGUGCUCGCUGGUGCAAUACCCCUACAUCCAGAUCGCCGACCUGCGGACAGAGCAGGGGCGGCCCAGCAACGAGGUAGAUGGCAUCAACGAGCUCUACCAGGGUGAGGUGGCUGACGUGGAACGGAAAUUCCAGGCCGCGAUCGGCAUCGAUGACAAGAAGCGACUGGUUAGGCAGCUGAAGCCCUUCCAGCUGCUCUUCGGCACGGCCGCGGUGGAGUCGGGCCCGACAGUCGUGUACUUGGCCUUGUCCAAUCCUGGCUACCUGCCGAUCCGGUUUUCCUUCCAGACGCCAGAGAACUUGAAUCUGGAGAACGUCCCGUACUGGUGCGACGAGAAGGCCCUCGUGGAUGAGCGCGAGGCACAUUUCAGCUGGGUGGAGGAGCACGGUGUCUAUGACAUUCAGCCUCGCAGCGGCGCAAUUCCGCCCGGGGACUUCUUGCAUGUCAAGUUUACGUACCACCACCACAGCAUCGGGACGCACAUUCUCCCAGUCGUCUUCAAUGUGCUGGAUGGCCGGUCGGUGCUACUGUAUCUGAAGGGCCACAGCGUUGCACCAAGCGUUGGGUGCCUGUCGGUGCGUUCGUCGGUCGUGUCACUCCAGCCAGUGCCUCUAGGUGUGGAGCAAGGCGUGGUGCAGCCUGUCGAGCUCACAAACUCCGGAGGUGUCCCCGCACCAUGGCGUGUAGACCUCUCGACCUUGCUGCGGCACAAUGCGGAGAACUACGACUUUGAAGUCUUGUCUGUCACACCACUGGAGGGAACGUUGCCACCCCAGAGCUCAACGUUCCUGCACUUCACGUUCCGUCCACUGGAGGCCAAGAGGUACGCCUGCCCGGUCCGCGUGGAGAUGCUGAAGGAUGGCCAUCCUGCGGAGGAGCUCUGCUUCGAGAUCCAGGCAGAUGGCUACAUGCCGGCUGACCCACCUCCACAGGUAGAGCCUCACUUCCCGCAGAACCUGCCCAUCCAGACAUAUGCGCCGGUUCCCGGCGGAGGGGCGGCUUUGUCGAUCGAGAUCUUGGACUUCAAGCAGGUGCCUCUUAGAGCCCGGCAUUCUCAGAUGUUGAUCCUCGUCAACUACACCUCGGACUUCGUCCUUGGCUUUAGGUGGGAUGCACAUAAGCUCUUCCGCUUCGAGCACGAGCUGGAGAUCGAGCCGAGCAUGGGCGAACUAUCCCCAGGGUCUCACUGCAUCAUCAUCUUCCGGCUGUGCUGCGACGAGCCGAUCGAUCUGAGUGGUGAGAUCGCUUGCUACCUCGACUGGACCCACAUCAGUGCCUAUGGUCAGCAGUCCAUCACCGAGUCUCACGAGGACUCAAGAGAGCAAGUCGAGUACUUCGCCUACCAUGCGGAGCAUAUUCACGAACCCACGCGAACUGGUCGGGGUCCGAAUGCGCAGGUGCACAUCUCUGUUGCCAACCGCCUCACCGUCUCCAGGUUCCGGCACCUGAUGUCCACGGCGGCGGGUCAGAAGUUCCUGAAUCAGAACUUGCACCGUACCUCCAUGCUCUCGUCUCACAUCCCGAUCAUGUCCCCUCGGCAGGCUCGCCAGGCCUCCACCAUGGGCCUUGCCAUGCAGAGCCGGGAAGAGGCCGGCACACAGAGCUCGAGCAGCAUGGACGAGUCCUCCAGAGGAGCGCAGGUGCCCGUGGCUCCGACCUCCUAUCCACUGUACGUGCGGGUUCGGGCAGUGGUGGCAGACUGGGCCGUCCCAGAGGAUCAGAAGAAGGACCUGUAG